AUGCUUGUUAUAUUCUUAUUUGUUACAACUUCUUUGGGUCGAAUUGAUUUUGCUUUGGGUGCAGGAAGUGAUUGUUAUAGUUAUGGCGAUUUCAGACUUUACAAAAGAGACAUGUGCAAAAGAACUGAAACUGGUUCUGUGAUAUACACAGCGGACAAGACGGGGAUGUAUAUGAUAGAAAAGAAAUUUGCUUCAAAAGAUUGCUCAGGAACACCAACAGUUCAAGAUGCAAAAUUUGAAUACAGCUUUAUGAUUCCAAAAAGAGUAGACUAUGUUGGAUUUACAAGUGACAAGAAUGAAGGUUGUCAAUUAAAAGAUAAGAUUGAUGGAGUUUACCAUUCGUCGAGAUGUUAUCAUGCACUUGGUUUCUACAAGUACGAAAUUGCAACUGAAAACGGUAAACAUUAUUUAAUGAAAAGAUCAUACAAUACUGUUGACUGUCUUCCAAGAGACUUUGACAAUAGCUAUACGGAAAAGACAUUGUGUAAUGUCUGUGUCAAUGGAGUGUUAACUAUGUGUUAUGGAGUUGAUGGUGUUCCAGCUUAUGUGGAUUUCACAAAAGAAACUGCUGAUCAGAGCACUGAUAUAGAGCCAAGCAAAACCCCCGAAGAAAGCAAAACUCCAGAGCAAAGCAAAACUCCUGAAGAAAAUAAAAGUGAAGGAAGCACUACUACAUCAGAGAAUGGAGAGCAAAAUAAUAAUAACAAUGGAGAAGAUAACGCUUUCAAAACUCUUGUCUUAUUAGUUUUUGUCAUUGCUACUAUGUUUUAA